AUGAGCUCGAUGUUCAAGAAACGAGGCGGCUUUGCCUUCAAGCCCAAGCUUCCUGUCGCAAGGCCACGCCCGACCGCACCAACCUCACAACCACCCAAGCCUGCCACUGCUGCUGAGGCGCAGAUCACCCCUCCGCCAUCAGACGUGCCUUCUCUCAAUGGCACUGAAAUCGCGCAGCUGGAAACCUCUCUGUCCGAAACUUCGAGCCCCGAUUCCCCAGGGACGUCAUUGGAGCCCAUCCAGGAGCCAGCCGCCAGCCAUCCCGCAAUUGCGACUCUGCCAAACCCAUCACCGGAUCUGCCGCCAGCCUCUGAGUCAGACGACCACCCAUUGGCCGCCGAACAUACAGCACCCCCGCCUCACCCUCUUCCGAGACAAGAUAUCUCAGAGACAUUGCCCGCCAGCACAAACCAGGCUGACGACCAACAACCGCAACCCGCAGCCGAAUAUGCCACUCCUUCCAGUACUUUACCAGAGCCAGCUGAGGUGCCACCAGCCGAGGCCGCCAUAACGCCGGGCGCAAGCGAGGCCUGUGAAACCCUGCAGCCCACGCCACCAUCUUCAACCACCCGAAGAAAAAGGACAACGACAGCCGCGACGGCCGAGGCAAGCGACAGCACCGCAGUCCCAGCACCCAGGAAGCGACAACGAAAGACAACCCAGGAAGACGACGGCGCAAAAGAAGCACCCGCGCGAAAACCGCGCCGUCCCCGGCCUACCGCAGGGGAGGCCGAGACCAGAACACCAAGACGUGCCCGGUCUCUGACACCAGAGGAUGCGGAGAACCAGGUGGUUGACCUACAGAAACUAAAAAUGUCCGACUUGACCAGAGAUCUACAUAUUGGAAAGAAGUUUAGCAGACACGACGAGCUUAGAGAGCGGGAGAGACAGGCAAGGAUAAAGGGGAAAUCCAGAACCGAAAGUGAAGGGCCCGAAGCCGAAGGGGAGAAGGUCGAGGCAAACGGUUCUGCUUCGAACAGCGCCGGAGAAACCCCAUCAAACCCUACGCCAAGCGCGCCCUCGCAGGCGACCGCAGGUCCGCAGUUCCGCAUCGUGGAUGGUCAGAUCGUCCUCGACCAGAGUUCACUGGUCAUGGACCGACACGCUCGUGCUGUUGCGACACAGGGUGAAAUGGAAAUGGUGGAGGAGAACGACUUCACCCGGCUCAUCACGAGCAGCUCCUUCAUGAACACAUCCAAACUAAAGGGACCCAACAUCUGGACGGCAGAGGAGACAAAACUCUUCUAUCGCGGACUCGCCAUGUUCGGGACCGACUUUGAGAUGAUUUCCAAGAUGUUCCCUGGCAAACAGCGUCGGCACGUCAAGCUCAAGUAUAAUCGCGAGGAGCGUCACGCUCCUCAGCUGAUCCACGCCGCCACUUACGGGGAGAAGACGACCAAGAUGGACCUCAAUGAGUAUAAAUCCUUAACGGGCACCGUUUUCGAGUCGGUGGAAAGCAUCGAGGCAGGGCAGCGCAAGAUGCAGGAGGACUUCGAGGCGGAGCAGAAGCGCAUCGCUGAUGAGCAGGCCGAGGUUAUGCGGAAAAAGCGAGAGGAGCUCUUUGCUGAUGAUGAGAAGGCAGAGGAUGGGAACACAAAGAAGAAGAAGCGGAAGACGAAAAAGCAACACGAGGACGAAGGGCGUUAUGGGGAGGUGGUUAUUGAAGAAGACUUGUAG